AUGCACACGGAGGAGGGGGGGGCGAACCCGGGCGCCGGCGGCUCCGUCGCGGCACCGAAUCUCGGAGGGGAGGGGCCCACUCCUUCCGAGCCCGGCACGAAUCCUUCCUUGGCGGACCCGGAAGACAUAGAUACAGUCAUCGAGGAGGUCGCCAAAGACGCCGCGGCCGAGGCAGACAAGAUCAUCGCCGAGGAGGCCGCCAAGGGCGCUACUGAGGAUGCCGCUAAGGGGCCGACCGGGGAGACCGGCAAGGCCGCUAUCGAGGAGGCCAGCAAGGGGCCUGCCAGGGAGGCCGGGACGGCAAGCACCGGGGCACCCACCAAGGGGGAGGUUUUUGACGACGAGGUGCUCGCCGCCGCCGGGCUCGAGGCCCAGGAGGCGGCGAAGCAGCAGGCCGCCCAGGACGAGGCAGCUCGGCACCAGCACCAGGCCGCGCUAAACUCCCAGGAGGAGGACAUUGCCGCUCGUGAGGGGAAGCUUGCCGCAACACUCCGCGGCAAGGAUGGGGAGGUGGAGAAACUCGUCAUGCAGCGGACCCAGGAGCUAGAGCAGAGGCACGAGGAGGUACUCAAUGCCCAGCCUCUAGUUCACGCUGGCAAGGUGAAAGAGCUGGAGGUGGAGCGGGACGAGCUGAAGGAUCAAGCCCUGAAGUUGGCAAAGGAGAAAGACACACUCAACGGUGCUCUGGUGGAGGCGCAGGGCGCGUUGACAUUUGUUCAAUUCUUUGCUUCACAGAUCUCUACUGAGAUGUACUCGAUGCCCAACGGAGAGCAUGUCCAUGAAGGAGAGGAAAGCGGGGGUGACAGCGGCGAGUGGAAUUCUGACGGUGGAGGUGAUGAAGAAAACGAAGACUCAAGGAGCGGCGAGGAGGUCGACUCUCCACCUCGCUCGGAAAGACGCUCCAAGAAGAAGCAAGACCUAGCAAGUGUUCGUGGCAAAGUGGUCACACAAAGUGCGCAUACCUCAAAGCGCCCUCGGACUUCUUCUCCCAUUCCGACUGAAAAGGCCCCAAAGCAGCUCAAGGUAGCGCCCUCAAAGCCUCGGAAGGCCUUGCCUAAGAUCAAAGUGGACGUCCCCGUCGCUUCUGGUGCCGCUACUUCCGGGAAUUCCAUGUGCAAGGAUGGUGAUGACGAGGAGAUGGAAUGCGCGGCCACAUCCCAAGAGGCUUCGCAUAAUGUUAUCGAACUUCCAGACGAUGAUGAAGAUGAGCCACAAAAGCCCAUGGGAAGGAGGAACGGGACCUCAGGCAGGAGGGUACCAGCUAGCAAGAUGCCCCAGUCGACGCCGGCGACAGAAUCAGCGAUCCAGCAGUCCAGAGACCUCAACCGAGCUUCUCUUACUUUUGUGAUUCCCUUGUCGAGUGAACAUCCUUCAGCGUCGACCGCACAUGGCCUUGUUUCAUCUGUGCAACUCCAUGCCUUAGAAUCUCAAGCUGCUGCGGCUGAUCCACUGUCUCCACUUUUCACCGCCCAUCAUGUCCCAGAGGACCAAGUGAGCGCUUCCAAGGAAGCUAUACGCCAGGCAGGCCUUAUGAUGGAGCAGAUGAAAGUGGUGUGCGAGGCCAGUCAGGCUUCCUAUGACGCCAACUCAGCACUCCAGGCCAAUGUCCAGAGAUCUUGUGAACUUGGAGCCCGGUUUGCUGACUUGGAGCAGAAGCAGGUCCAGCUCAAUCUUGAUCUGGAGUUGACCAAGGAGAACUUGCUGAAGCCUAAGGAUGAUGUUGCUGAAAAAAUGAGACAGGCCUUGGAGAAGAAGGAUCUCGACCUUCCGGCCGCACAGAAAACGGCAGAAGAAAAAACAUCACUCGCCGACCAGAAGCUGGCUUCAGUCGAAAAGUUAGAAGAAGAAAAUACCAAGCUGAGGACUGCUCUUGACGAGGCCAACAAAGAGGUGACUCGACUGAAGAACGAUAAAGGGACCCUAACCGACAAAGUGGAAGACCUCACCCGCAAGAGGGACGAGCUGGAGGUUUAUCUGGGAGGACUCGCCAAGAAGUUGUUCCUCAUGCUUGAAGAUGAAGCUGCCAUGAACGUGCUCCAACUGGAAUCUCAUCUUGCCAGCGUCAUGGACUACCUCGCUCGACUGAAGGUUGCGGUGUCGUGGAUCGACAUGGAAGGGAAGAAGUCAUCUGCUCGAUGUGGUGCUGACGUAGCUCUGUCUCUAGUUCGCGUCCAUUGCAAGGAAGCCAAAGAAGAGAAAUUAGCAGCGAUCAAGGUUGCCAACACCAAGAAACUUGACUUCGCGUCUUUCAUGGAGACCUUUAUUGCAGCUGCUACUCGCAUUGCAGACGGAAUCGACUUGGACGAGUUUGAGGAGAAGGUCGCACGCGACCUGCACCUCGUCGUCCUUGCGGAUCGAGAUGGAGCGUAUGUUGUAUUUGUGGCGUAG